UGCUGCAAACAGGUCCUAAAGCCAUGUAUGUAGAGUCUAUAUGGAAUUUCUGCAUAUACGUGUUUUACCACUGGGCUACACUUGCUAAAUCAAAUGAUACGGGAUUGUUCUGAAUACUGUAAGAAGCGUCAGGGGGAACUAUUUUGUCCAAACACACUAUCUGUACUGUUUGUGUUGGGAACUCAUUGAGUUAUUCACUAAAGAAGAGGCAAAGAUCAGCGCAGGUGUAUAUUAGAGAAGAAUAACAUUGUAAGUAGCCUGCACUGAAGAGAGGGAUACCUUUUAUGAGUGGCUUCAGACCAGUAAUCAAAAUGGCUCAAGUCUUUGUGUAUGGGACCCUUAAAAAAGGACAACCAAACUACUUCAGGAUGACGGGUAGCACCAAUGGGAAUGCUGAAUACUGCGGCAAGGCACACACGGUAGAGAAGUAUCCCUUGGUGAUAGCAGGCCCAUACAACAUCCCGUUCCUGCUGAAUGUCCCUGGAUCUGGGCACCAGGUUAAAGGAGAGAUCUAUUCUGUUGAUAACCAGAUGCUGCAAUUUCUGGAUGAAUUUGAAGGCUGUCCACACAUGUACCAGCGCACGCUGGUGAGGCUCCAGAUAGAAGACUGGGAAAGUAACACUAGUUCACCAGAAGCCACACCAGCUGUUAACAGCAUUGUAGAAGCCUUUGUGUACAGCACUACUACCUACCAGCCUGAAUGGCUUAACCUCCCUUGUCAUGACAAAUAUGAUGCCUAUGGGGAGCAUGGAUUACAUUAUUGUGAACCUGAAGCUAGAGAUUAACACUCGAACAGCUAAUUAAAGGGAUCAGCUAAUUAAAGAUGAUUUUUCUAAUAGAAUUUUAAAAUAAACUUUCUUGUCACACUCCACGUAGGAAAAGAAUCAAUAACGUUGUGAAAGCAUAUAUAGCAAGCACUGUCCACAUGCAAUACUAGUAUUGUGUACCAAUGAAAUAUCUCAGGAAUUGUGAUUUGAAUACUAUAUUUUCCUAAGGAAUAGAGCUGUUAUCUGUAGAACACUGCAUUAAAUAACUUGCUUAUACUUGUCAGAAAUAAGUGCCUUUUUAGGAAAAAGAAUCACACAAUACACUUUUUAAUUUAUUUACAUGAAUGGAAAUAAAGUUGUUAUAAAAUCGACAGUCAGCUGUACUGCUAUAGUUCUAUAGUUCUAGAUCUGCUACUCCUUGCUGUUGUGGUGACAGUAGGCGCUAGUUAAAAUGAAGCAUGAAAAUGAGUUCACAUCAUUUUUGCCCCCCCUCCCCC